AUGUUCAAUAGCUAUAGCUCUUCUGAAAUCCAUGCCGUUUUAGCAUCUCCAAACCCAGAACUCAAAUCUUUACUUGCUAUUCCAUCGAUUGUUAGAGCUAUUAAACAAAAACCAUCUGGACUGAUGAAUUUCUUGCUUUCUCAUGCAGAUGAAAUGCUUGCGAUGGUAUUUUCUCAAGACAAAUCUAUCGAAGCAUCUCGUGCUUACUCAAUAUUAGUUCUUGGUGAUCCAGCCAUUUCAAGCGAAAUCUUAAAAGAUGAUAAAUUCAGAAAUCACGCACUUGAAGCCUUAGUCCAGCCAGAUGUCCCUGGUUACGUGCUCGGAAGGUUAUCAAGUUUAACUUUAACUUUAUUACAAACUUUACCAGCCGACACGAUUGAGCACUGCGGAUUCAUAUAUCAUUUACUCAAGCAUUGCGCUAAUCCGAGCGUCUACAACUUCUUCAUUUCAUUGACAAAUGGCGAAGAAACAAGAUUUGAAAAAGCCCAAGAAUGGCUUGUUGAUUUCGGAUUCUCUGAGUACAUUAUUCGUGAGCUGCAGUCUGUAGACUUCAAAUAUCAGCCAACAAAUACAAACCCUUACCUUGAUCCUGUUUAUGAUAAAUUAUCUUGUCUUUAUCAGCUUGUUAAGCGUUGUUCAGAGAACAAAAUAAUGGAAAAGGGCUUCAAAACUAAUUCCGUUGUACAAGCUCUCCUUGAAGAAAUUCCAAACGCUCCAGAUUACGUCAAAAACGCUCAUUGGGCCGCAAUUACAGCUGUUACAUGCCAACCAGUUGCUGUUGAAUGUCUCAAGCUAAUUCCAACAGCAUUGAAGCUAAUUACAGAACCUUUUGUCCGAAUUAGAUCUUUUAGAGUUUCAGCAUUAACAUUUUUAACUCAAAUGAUGGAAAUCGCUCCAAUGGCAUACGAACUCCUUCUCCAAUCAUCAGUUCUUCAAUCUCUUUGCACUGUUUUGAUACAAUUCCCUAAUUGUACAAUUCUCCAUGGUGAAUUCAGAAAAUUUGUGGAGACUGGUCUCAAAAACGAACAAUUCGCUGAGAAAAUGGUCGGUGUUUACACUCCUUUAUUUAUUGAUCAAGCGACUGGCAGAAUCAACAGGGUUUUGAGUCCAACACUGUUUGCCAUCGUAGAGCUCUUCAACAACAAGGCGGCUACUCGCCCUGCAAUUAAAGCUGUUCUGAACGAAAUUCCUGAAUAUCGAGAUUUCUAUAGGAACGAAUUGCUUCCUUAUAAUCAGCUCUGCAACUCUACAUAUGGUGGAUCAAGUAUAUCUCAGUUCUUUGGUUCAUUUAAGAACUUCUUUUGA